GGUGUUCCGGAUUUCUUGUAUGAGGGUCGAUCUGCUCUGAAUACUCCCACCACACGACAGAUAAAGGCUCAGCACAGUUCCACUGAGGCUGGAGCUCUGCAGCCAUUUGAUGUUACCCUCAAUUCCACGCUGGCGCCGCCUACGAGACAUAUGCUACGACAGUACUUCGUCAAUCAGCCCAGCCUUCUAAUUUGCAAGAGCCAUCAUGAAAUGGCCCACACAAAAAGAGUGUGGAAAGUGGGUCAAAAACAUACAGAGGAGGCUACAGAGGAGUUUGUAAAAAGUGGCACCCCCCCCGUGAAAAUGAAAUUCGACUGCAUUUAUCCGGUUGCUAACAACCUGAGAAUGACAACCGAUUCUACUUGCCUGCUUUGGCUGGAGUAUCGGAGAAAACAUUGUCUUCUCGGAAGUCGUCCACUUUCGACGCAGCAAGGACGACACGUUGCUCGGUUUCCGAGGAUGACGAGUGGAUGGGUUGACGGCACCUUUCCGGUCGACAUUCCUAUUCACUGCCGGCUCGGCAGCCUCCAUUUUCUGAUCGGCUCUAGCCCCGACGUCACAUCUUCCCACCUCCACAGCGUUUUUUUCACAGCCCGUCUCGUGGUUUUCGCUGUCUCCAGCCUCCGUUCCUUUUUCUGGCACUUUGGCUAUUUCUUCGUCACCUCUUCCUGCCUCGUCCACUUCCAGUCUACAGACUUGGUGAUCAACUUUCGGACAAGUCUCCUGGUCGCUUUGACCGCAGGAGCCCAUGGCGAUGUCAGGACGACCGUCGCAUUCGGUUCUCGAGGCCAUCUCACUUGCUCGAGGACCGCCCGGCGCCUCGUUAGUGUCGACGUAGGUACCAGACGAACCGCAGGUCUGCUCGCCUGUGCAAAAGGGGUCAAUUCAAAGUGA